AUGGGAUGCUACACAGAAAGAAUAUGUCAUGGCCGUCAGGCUGCAGCUAGAAGACGCCAACUGUCCCAAUUGACCGGAAGUGACAAUCCACAGUGCGUACACUGCUGCAAAUCUGACGCUUGUAAUUCUCAAGGAUGUGCUUCUAUCGGAUUUCCUAUUCAACGUGGACCUUUGUGUUUUAACUGCAAACAAAGCACCAACCCAGAACUUUGUCGCUACGUCAAGGUUUGCGAGGCUGACCAGGUUUGUCAUCUACACGAAGAGGAGGAGUUUGGAGACAAGUUCUAUGUUUCGUCAUGUUUACUGCAGAAUGAAUGCCAAGCAGGUGUUACAAUUACUGAUGCCUUUGGAAAGAGGACAAUUAAUCAGAAAUCUUCCAUGUGUUGUAGUUCUGAUCUAUGUAACAUAGGACUGUCUUGUUUAGCAGGAACGUUUGGAGACAAAUGUAGUCUUCAAUGUGGCCAUUGCAGUGACGGUGGGGCCUGUGAUUUUAUCAACGGUACCUGUCCCAAUGGUUGCUCUGCCGGAUGGACUGGAGUUUUCUGCAAACAAACAUGUCCCCAUGGAACCUUUGGAGAUGCCUGUAGUCAAAACUGUAGACAUUGCAUAAAUGGGUCAACCUGUGACACGAUUACUGGAUUAUGUUCUAGAGGAUGUUCUGAGAACUGGACUGGAAUGUUUUGUAAUGAGACCUUUGCAAUAGACUGUCUCGACAUUCUGAACACUGGAAACAAACGAACGGGCAUAUAUCAAAUCCAUCCGUGGAACAACUCUACGUCUAAAGAAGUAGUGUGUGAUAUGGACACCAUGGGAGGCGGAUGGACGGUUUUUCAAAAGCGGAUUGAUGGAUCUGUAUCUUUCUCCAGGAACUGGACAGAAUAUCAGCAUGGUUUUGGGAACACCUCAACUGAAUAUUGGUUAGGAAAUGAUGCAAUACAUGAAUUAACUCGCAAUUCGUCUUCUCUGUAUGUCAAAAUUCAAAACACAAAUGGGCACCAUUACUUCCGAUAUUACUCGGACUUCCGGAUUAGUGGCGCUGACGAUGACUUUAAAUUACAUCUGGGAUCUUACUCCAAUGGAACAGCAAGAGAGAGCUUGAUUGCAAGCAACAAUGAUAAAACGUUCAAGACCCCGGAUCAUGCUUCCUCAAUCUCAAUGGCGUGUUUUGGAUACACAAGAGGCGGGUGGUGGUUCGGAUGUUGUCACUCCGCCUAUUUAAAUGGAGUUUAUGGGUCAAGUAAAUGGGUCAAUCCUUGGUCCAGUGAAAUACGAUCUGGCACUAAUUUCCGUUCAUCCCAAAUGAUGACUAGAAGACACAAGUAA